AUGAAAAAGAAAGAACAAGAGUUGAGCGGCGCCUCCUUCUUCUUGGACGAUCUCCUAGGGCUUCUCUUCUCUUCUCUCUCUCUCACACGUGAACUCUUUGGGUUUUCUUCAUGCAAGAAAAGGAAAGUUUCUCAUGCGCCGAGCCUUCUUCUCCACGUCGUGUAUGGGCCGACAUUGUACCAAGGAAAGCUCCAAACAUUAGCCAGGCCUCUUCUCUAUUCGAUCAAGGCCUUUGGCGCUGCUGCUCGGGCCAUUAGACACUCCAAAUCCUCCAUGGGCUUCGUUUACUCGCUUACCGGACAUGUCUCGGACUGCAUGGGACUCAGCUCGACCGUGCAGCUCAGGAUGAAGAAAGGAGCCACCUUUAUGCCCAGCUCGACCAACCCGUGCGACCCACCGGUUGAGCUAGGCCAAACUUUUCCAACUUUGCACUAG